CCUCGUACCGUGGGAUUUUCGGCGCAACCGGUCAGACUUCCGCUGCCAGGCGGCAACAACUGUCCGUUUCCUUUAAGCAGAAGAAGCUGCUGCUGCUGCUGCUGUACAUGGAGAGAGCACUCAUGAGCAUCAAGGCUACGAGAUCUGGAGGCGUGUCAGUGUACCACCAUAACGAAGGUUCUACAUGAUGAACAAGCACUCGAUGCACACUGUUAUUGACCCGGCGUUUCACAGCAGCAUGCCAUUAUUCAACGGAACGAUGACAUCUUCAGUUUUGCCCAAUCCUCCAAACCUGGCCGUGGGCCUAGAUAAGCAGGCGCUUCAUUACAGCGGGGCAUAUUUUACUUACGAACCCAGGAAAGUGGAAGGAGCAGGUUUUACAGUCCCGUGGACCAACUCUAAGAGCUCUCUGCUGGACGGCCGCAGUCCUGUGAGUCACCGCCCUGGCAUGGAAGGACAGAACCACAUAUUUUACAGGCAAGACGCUUCGUCGGAGAAAAAACAACCUCAUUCCUCGCCACCAUGUCACGUCCCAGUCAAACAGGGCUUUACGUUGUACACUAAAAGCCCUGUGGUUAGCACUACCACAGCUGCCACAUCAGUGACUGUCAGGGAACAAAGCAGCAGAGGUGAGAAUCCAACUCCACCUCCGGAAAACUCUCUGUACUUUGCCGUCCAUAAGCCGCUUUAUGGACCAAACCUUUGCUGUAAUGAACUGGGCUGUAUGAUGGGACAUCGCUACAUCGUGGAGCGUGGCUCCCCGAGGCCAACCAAAACCGUCUACCAGCCUGAGUGGAUACCAACAGAUGCUCACUACACUGACAGACCCCCUCUCCUGAGAAAGGCAGCAGACGCAGCUCUGCAGCAGAGACCUUCAGCGUAUGAGCUCGGAGCCAAACCACCGAAGAGAAUCACCACGGAAAAGCACAGCCCCAGGCCCACAAUGACUCUGCCUGCUGGGAUUGACCCAAACUACAGCAGUUACCCCUGCACCCCAACUCGCACACUGUUUGGCACAUUAAGUGAACAGAGCCAGCUGUUAAAUACUCCCCCUAGAAGCUACCCCGGUUUAUACUCCUCCCAUCCCACAUAUGAGCAUCUGACCUCAGAGGUUUAUCAGGAACACUCGUCCAUGUCCAAAUAUGGCCAUCUAACACAGUACCCAGUGUUUUACUACCCCCAGGCAAACGAGGAGCCACAAAAGAGUACACAGUGUAAAAACCUAGGCAGUAAGCAGAGAGAAGACAUUCCUGUCAUCCUCAAACAUGCAGUCCCAGUCCCCCAGGAACAUUACAUAGUGCCUCAAUCAUUUCAUGGAGAAAUUCCUUUGCCUAGAACUGAAACAUUACCCAGUCAUUCCUUGAUGCACGGCUUUGACUACCCCUGCUACCUAGUCCCCAGAAUCCAUUUAAAUGCAGACCAAGUGAGAAUGCCUCUGAUGAGGCCUAGUGCACCUCCAGGUUUUCACAGUAAUGGCAUAAAUGUUUCCUCAUCCAGUCAAGAAAGGCUUCAACCUAGGGCCAGUCUUCAGAAGGACAAAGACAACCCCAGCCCUCAUGUUGACCAGGCCAGACAGUCCUUACCCUUCCUGUGUCGCGACCCAACCAGUCCGACCAAGUAUUCAAACCAGCACCAAAUGGUCUCAACGCACAACAUGAAAUGUUUUCCCUCAAUCUCUAGUCUGCUGACAGACACGCACCUUCGUCCAGCGGGGGACUUGAGCGUAAACAGAGUCAGAGACCCUUCCUCCUGUGAAUCCCAUCUUCCUUGGGUAAAACAGCCAACAUGCCUACCUGUUCCACCAGCUGCAUGGAUGCCCCUGUCACCCAGUCACCAUACAGCUGGGAGCAACAGUGCAAAUGUGCAACGAAUUAUUUAUUGUCCCCCACUUUUGCAAGGAAAUGGCCAUAAUAGUCCCAGAUUCAGCUCAGGUUGUUCUGUUAUUAAGGGUAGUAUGAAGAGAAGUUUCUCCAGCUCACCGACGGAUAUCAAAAUAAAGAAGGAGAAAAGGGACUGCUGUGAGACUGAGCCCAUAACAAAAGGACAAAAGUUGGAAGAUCACCCUCUGAAAGUUGAAAUGAAACCUGUCAACCCUCUGAUGCCAGUUAUUGACAGUGUUUUCAGUCUGGCACCGUAUCAGACAAACACAUGUCCAAACAGAGUCAGUCGGAAAACUGAGCACUCUCCAGAGCAGUUUGAGGCCAAGCCGGACAUGAGACAUAAAAUGUCCAAUGAAGGUGAACAACGCACUGUUAUCUCUACUGUUUGUAACUCAGACGCUGCAGCUGAACGGCCAGAGGUAGAAGGUCCAGAACACAGAAAAAUUAAAGUGGAAAAAAUGGAACCACAGGGCCCAGAUAACACACCGGAGGAGACUCCUGCGCUUCCGCAGGAUUUCACAAAGGUCAUAAUCAAACAGGAGCCUGAAGAGGCCGACUCAGUCGACAGUGACCCCAUGCUGAUUAUUAGAAAAUGUGAAGCAGAUGACCCUGAGAGUAAACCCUUCCUUACUGAUGAAAACCACGAAACCUCACAUAAAUCUACGUUUGUUGAGUUGACAUCACACAUGCAAUCAGCCCCUGAAACGUACACAUCCACUGAACAGUUGGCCACCGCCACAGCCGAAGCACAAACGACAACCCGAACAUCUGAGAGCAACGUCAGAAUCGCUCUUCCUCAGAGCACGCCACCUUCCACCUGCAAAAUCCUUCUCCAGGACACAAAACCUCCUAGUCUGACUCCACCACCAGAUAAGUCGCCCACUGCUACUAGCACACCAAAACCAGAGCCCCAGAUGCCUGUCCGGAAGCACUUCCUCGAGCUGCAUCAUUCCCUCUGUAAGCUCAUUUCCAAAUCGGUGUUUGCCUCUUCAGAGCAGGAGCUCAGAGCCUGGUUGUCUCAGCUACAUCUGACUGAACCAUCAUCCCAGUCAACCAAAGUCCAGAAAGUCUCCUGUCUGCUGGGCAUAGAAGCCAGAGAGAAGUGGCUCAAUGAGGAGAUGAUGGCCGCGUUCCACAACGUCCUCCAGAGGUUGAGGGAGUACACCAGUCAGAAACGAUGUCCAUUUCCGCAUGUCAUGCGCGCGGGGGCGAUCUUCCUCCCCAUGCUGGUGAUAAAGGAGCUGCUGUUUCCAACAGUCCAGAGCAGCUUCAUUGACCAGGUCCUCCACGAGCACAAGGUGGAGCUACGUCCAACCACGCUGUCUGAGGAGAAGAUCCUCAUCCAGCUGCACAAGCGGGCCUGCUCUUCCCGUCUCCGGAGACUGAUGUCCCUGAAGCACUUGCCUGACAUCUACGCUGACGUGGUCAACCUUCUGUAUUACGCUUGCGUCUGCAAACAUCUUGAAUCAUCUUCUCCUGAUGUCCUAAAGCAAGUCCAGGACUAGAUGUGGACGUUCUUGCUAACAGAGACAAAGACAACCACAGUGAGGAGACUCUGGUGUUUCCAGACAUCAGCUCCCCGUCUGACUCACCCCUGGAGCCUGAGGCACUGAAAAAUCCAGCUGAAUUAAAAUCAUCUUUGAGCAAGAAUAAAAUAAAGAGUAGGGUAAAGAGAAGCUCGAGGCGCAUGUUUCUGGACACCAGUUUGUCCGAAGAGGAUGAGGAGGGGAAGGAGGAGGCAGAUGAAACGGAAAAGACUGCCAGUGGAGGUACGUCAAAUGAAGAAGGCCAGAAAAAGAUAAGCAGUCAACCUGAGUGUAUGAACAUCAGAGCCGUUGGCACAGAAGCCGACUUUGAGUCACCUACUCCCUACAGUCUGACAUCUGAGUCAUCCUGGAUGUGUCCCUUGAGUUUAAAUCAGCUUUCUCCACAUUGCACUGACACAGAAGAAACCGAGGAAACAUCCACGCCGCAGCCUAGUGGUUGCUCCACAUCUGCGGUUGAAUCUAAGAGUUGCUCGGGCAUGAUCCUCAAAUUAAAAAAGUUGUUUGGCAAAGGUCUUGACAAAGACAGAGCUCACUACAGAGCAGUGUCUUACUCUGGGGAAUUAGCUGAGGCCCACAGUGCAGAGGGAGAGAAGAGCCACAACAGCGACCUCUACAGGAUGUCAAGCAAAGCGAGCCACCGGUGGCAGAGGACUGGAAAGUUCUCCCAAACCUUACGACCCCUCAAAUCCUCCUCUAAAGGCAAACACGGACCCCUGCAGAAGAUCAAAUACUGUCCCUACUUGUCUGCGUGCCACAGUGCUGAACACAGGAGUCGCUGGGUGUUACGUUCCGCUGUUCACAAGGCUCGGCGGGCAAUUAGGCAGUACUACCCAGACCUGGUGGGUAAGAGGAUCCGCCAUCUUUACGAGGAGGACGACAAGUCUGAAGUGUGGUACAGUGGACAGGUACUACGUAUCCACGAGGCCCAUUCCAACCCACUCAAAACUAUUUUUGAAGUCAAGUACGACAGUGAACCAGAAUGGAAGUACUACCUUGAGCUGCUAAUCGACUAUAAAAAGGGCUGGCUAAAAAUUGAGUAGUUUUAAUGUGAAUACACCACUGUGCCUGUAGUUUACGGUGAGAGUAUGUUUUACCUUUUGUGUGAAGGCUUUACUUAUACAUUUCUAUAAGAGAAUAGUUUUGUUCUUGGAAUACGGUACCUGUCUGCUGAGAGCCACGGGCACGUUCUUCAUCCGGGGAUGGCGCGAACACAGCAUCCUGUCACUCAUAUUAGCGUCCUUUUAUUGACGGUUGGCUUUUCCAGUUCACUCUUCACUUCCUCACUGCAAAGAAAAAGGGCUUUUUUAGUGAAUAAUAAAAAGACAAAAUAAUUAUAAUGAACUAUUUAAUUUUACAAGCAGAUAUUGCAUAUUUAUUUCCCCCUUUUUGUAAAAAAAAAAAAGAAGUUUUUUUUACUCUAGCACAACGUACACAGUCAUGAUGUGGUAGAAUGUCAGUCUGUGGCGGUGCGCGGUCAUAGCAGUGGAACAACGUGUGAACAGAGGCAGCACUUCUGUACGUCAAACUACAGCCUGGUCUUCAGUCACUAUAAACGUGUACAUGUUCACCAUCAACCAUUUUAUUUAAACGUCAUCAUUUUGUGGACUGAAUUACUUUUAUAUUUGUCUUUUGUAACGACUUCUUGUAUGUGUGUGGUGAAAGUUUUUUUUUAAUAAAGCCUUUUUAUGAAAUGA